CAUAACCGGACGACUACCACAUUCACAACAAAAACAACCAAAUACUUUAAUAAACAUUAUUUAAAACUUUAACUACCAAAAAGGCUUUAACUGAAAUUCAAAUAAAAAAAAAUAAAAACAAGUUUUUUAAUCUUUCGUCGCAGACGUUUUCGUAAUUUAAACAUCGAAUGUUUUUACCCGGAAGUUACGUCGUACGUUGAGGCGAGUUCGUGAAUUGUAAUUCUGAAUUUGAAUAUUUGAACUGGAUUUUAGUGCUUUGUGAUUGGUUGUGUAUUUAAAAUAGGUUUUUGUUGAUAAAAUGGCGACCGAGGAAGCUGUGCCGGCUAAUGCUGUGGCUGCCCCAGAACCCACGCCGGCACCAGAUCCGACCCCGCAGCAGCCUCCCGACCCGCAGUCAGACGACGAGCGAGAACCUGGGGACUGGCGGCCUUCCCGCCCCGCAACGCCACCGCAGCGUACCGACGACAUCUCCGAGGGUUCCGAAGCCACUGCUAGACCCACCAGAGCUGAACCAGCGAGUCGAUACGGCAACCUCAACUACUGGAAAGCCAGAAGAGUUACCUUCUACAGAAAUGGAGACCCAUUUCACCCCGGUGUGGAGUUUCGGUUUAAGCCGGGCAGAGAUCUGGCGUCCAUGGACUCCCUUCUCGACAGGCUGUCAGAAAGACUGGAACUGCCUCGAGGAGCGAGGUUCAUCUUCGGUAUGGACGGAGACAGAAAGUACAGGCUUGAGGAGUUGGAGGAUGGAGCCUCUUACGUUGUAUCAUCUUAUAAGACGUUCAAGAAAAAUUCUUACCUUGCCGUCGCGACGGUACCGAGUGAAAAGAAACAAAUGAAUAAGGCGGCGAGCUACGGCAAAAAGAACGGCAUGUGGUACGGCGGCACCACGACUGGUACCAGCGCUUGGUCGCGAGCUGGUACUCGCAAGCAGUCGGUCGCGGAGUCCGAUGCUCCUCCUCCAGGCGGCGGCAAGCCAGCCAGCGGCCGCGUCAUCAGGAUCAUCAAUAAUAUGGACCAUUCUAUACAGUGCCGUGUUUUACUGAACUUACGCACAACACAGCCUUUUGAAGAAGUUUUGGAAGAUUUAGGUCAAGUUCUCAAGAUGAGCGGGGCUAAGAGAAUGUACACAAGCACUGGGCAAGAGGUGAGAAGUUUCUCGCAACUACGGAACGAGUUCGCAGACGUGGAGACGUUUUAUUUGGGUUCCUUGAUCGUGGCUCCCGCCUUGAGCCCUGGCAUCAGCGCCCCGCUACCUAUUGAGUCACCUAUUAGGAGAUCUCGAUCACGGGGUAACGUUGCGGCUGCGCCGAUAGCUUCGGAAGACAUGCGCGGGAGACGAGCGAGGAGCAAAAGUCGACCGCGGGUACUAUAUGCACCUGAAGGAGAAAUCGUACGCAAUUCAGAUUACACUUUACUGGAAGUUUUAAAAGAGGAGCCGAUCAGGGUCACGAUCAGAGGUCUUCGGCGCACAUUCUACCCUCCGAUACACCACGCACCCAUCGACAACUCCCCCCCAGACAAGAAACUACAACUAGACUGGGUUUACGGCUACCGUGGAUCGGAUUCCCGUCGCAACUUGUGGGUGUUACCGACCGGCGAGCUGCUGUACUACGUGGCUGCGGUCGCCAUCAUGUACGACAGAGACGAAGAGUCCCAGCGACACUACAUAGGACACACCGAAGAUAUACAAUGCAUGGAACUGCAUCCAUCACGAGAGUUGGUGGCGAGCGGACAGCGCGCUGGCCGCGGCAGGAGGGCGCAGGCACAUGUCCGCAUAUGGAGCACCGACACGCUGCAGACACUACACGUGUUUGGCAUGGCUGAGUUUGAAGCCGGGGUCUCUGCUGUUGCAUUCUCUCAACUUAAUGGAGGCAGCUACGUGCUAGCGGUGGACGCUGGCCGCGAGAGCAUUCUCUCUGUGUGGCAGUGGCAGUGGGGGCAUUUACUUGGAAAAGUUGCGACUUUGCAAGAGGAGCUAACUGGUGCCGCGUUCCAUCCACUUGAUGAUAACCUGCUCAUCACACACGGAAAAGGACAUCUAGCGUUUUGGAAUCGCAGAAAAGAUGGAUUCUUUGAACGCACUGAUAUUAUCAAACCACCAUCGCGCACACAUGUAACCGCUUUGCAGUUUGAACAAGAUGGUGAUGUGGUAACAGCUGAUAGUGAUGGUUUUAUCACAAUAUACAGCGUCGAUAGUGAUGGAGCUUACUUUGUACGAAUGGAAUUUGAGGCUCAUAUCAAAGGCAUUAGUUCAUUGGUGAUGCUCUCUGAAGGAACUUUAAUAUCAGGAGGAGAAAAAGAUAGGAAAAUAGCUGCUUGGGAUUCUCUCCAAAAUUAUAAGAGAAUAACAGAAACGAAGUUGCCUGAGUCUGUAGGUGGCGUACGUAGUAUCUACCCACAGAGACCUGGUAGAAAUGAUGGUAAUAUUUAUGUUGGUACCACACGCAACAAUAUUAUGGAAGGAUCCUUGCAGAGAAGAUUUAACCAGGUGGUGUUUGGACAUCACAAGCAAUUGAUGGGUCUAGCUGUUCAUCCUGAUGAUGAAAUGUUUGCUACAGCUGGACAUGACAAAAACAUAGCACUAUGGAAGGGACACAAACUUGUAUUUGCUACACAGGUCGGAUAUGAGUGUGUAUCUCUGGCGUGGCAUCCAAGUGGAGGAGCGUUGGCUGCAGGCAGCACUGAGGGUCAUCUUGUAGUUCUGAAUGCAGAUGCUGGUGCCCACGUAGCCACAUUACGGGUUUGUGGCUCACCGCUCAGCUGCUUAGCAUAUAACUCUGCUGGCGACACUUUAGCUAUAGGAUCACAAAACGGUAGCAUUUAUUUGUUCCGUGUGUCUCGUGAUGGGUUUUCAUACAAGAAAUCGAAUAAAAUACGAGGAGCUCAAGCUCUCGUGCAACUCGACUGGAGUUUAGACGGCAAUUACUUGCAGACUGUGACUGCUGAUUACGAUCUUGCCUUUUGGGAUAUUAAGUCUUUGUCACCAGAAAAGAGUCCUAUCGCCAUGAAAGAUGUCAAAUGGUCUACUUACAACUCUACUGUUGGGUUCCUUGUAUCAGGAAUGUGGAAUAAUCGAUUCUACCCCAUGACGACUUUAAUAUCUACGGCAAGUCGAUCUGCUGCUCAUGAUCUUCUUGUAAGCGGUGAUCUCGACGGAUACGUGCGUUUGUUCAGGUAUCCUUGUGCAAGUCCAAAAGCAGAAUACAAUGAAAUGAAGGUAUACAGCGGUGCGAUAUACAGCGCCCGCUUCUUAUUCAAUGAUCGCUGCAUGAUCAGCGCUGGAGGAACUGAUGCUGCCUUAAUGCUGUGGGAUCUGGUGGAUGAUUAGCAUAAAGUAGCGCAGGGUCUACGGCCGCCCGCGGUAGUGGUAGCUCCUCCCACACCCUCGCCGCCGCCCCACGCGCUUGUCUCGCAUCCCACUUUCAAAGUGCUGGAUUUUGAUGAACUGGAUUGAACCUCUCAUGGAACGUCCGUGGAUUUUACAGAUAUUUCGGUUUUAGCAUUAAAACCAAUGAAUUUCAGGAUUGCAUUGUGAACGUACUUUAGGGAUGGUAAGCAAGAAAUAAAUUCUUGUCAGAAAUCCCAGAAUUGUUACGAAACACGACACUUUUAUCUACUUUUAUCACAAAACAUAUCAAAGAUUACAUGAGAAUUUGUCUAUUAUAUUUUAGUUAAGUAGGUUUACGUGACUCACUGCCAUUUUAAUGUUGCAUAUAAUUAUAGACGCGUAGUAUUAAUCACGCUACAAUGUUAAGAAAAAUAUAUUGGUAUGUUAUUUAAAAAUUAGCACAAACUAGGAUAUAGGUAAAUGUUGGACAUUUUAUCUGAAGAGGCAAAAUUUAUAAAUUAGCUACCAACUAUUAUUGGUGCUGAUGAUUUAUGAAUUAUUAAUUAUGAAAUUUAAAAAUUACAAUGCAAUACACUUUCAUACUAAUUGUGAUUUAUCAAAACAAAAUUUGAUUUAAAACCUAAGCUGUCAAUGCAUAUUAUAUGACACUGCAUAUUAUAUUAUUUGAAUACGAACUCAAUACGAAGCGUACAUUAAUCAUUGUAGACAAGAGCACUAUUUACAUAUUUAGAUAUACAACAUAAACGUAAUAAUAUUAUAUUAAGUAUAAAAAUAUAUAUCACGAGGACUUCCGGAAUGUGGCAGGCCACAAACAAAAAUUUUGUAUGUUAAGUAUCUCCUCUUUUAAUUUGUCAUUUUUUACAACAAAUAUUGUAAACUAAUGCAUGGUUAGAAAAUAAAUAUACAAAAUAUUUCUGGAGCAGAAGACGCAUAACUCCGUAUAAGUAAUUAAAUAUUAUGUAUACAAAAACACACUGAUUCUGUGUAAAUCAGGAACCACUUGAAAGUUACACUACAUUGACCCAAUACGUGAAAACCUCAUAUCUUUCGGCCUAAAAGUCUUCUGAAGUAUACAAACUAUAUUUUUCUCACCAUUCAAAUUCUUCCAAGAGUUCAUGAAAGCGCUCUGAGUGUUUUGAUUAUAUAGUAAUUUGGGUCAAUGUAGUGAUGUUAAAAUUUAAGAAUUUUAUGAAAGAAAAAAUAUUAAUAAUUAUCUUAUCUAGUCGUUGUAUCUAAACUUAAUUUAUAUUUUAAACGCUUUAGUAAAACUAAAAUCUUCUAAAUGAUACCAAUGCAUUUCACGAAGAAAAGCUUCUAAAUCACUAAAAUAUACUUUUAAUAGUAGUAGCUUUCAAUUUAUAAUGGAUAUUUUGUAGUAUAACAUAAUCAUUUGUUUUAGGUUGUCCAAGACAACUGACAUUUUACAAAUCAUAUAAUUUCUAGCAGGGUACCAGAAAAACCUUCCUAUAUUUAAUCUAUUAUCCAAUAAUCAAGGAUUUAUGUAAAGUUUUGUUUUAUUAAAAUGUAAUUACAUUAUUUCUUUAUACCUAAAUCUUUGAAACCUUGCAAGAUCGUAUUUAUAAAAAAACUUAUUUUACUCAAUGUUUCAGAAAGGCAACCUGUUUUUAUAUACAUAAUAAUUAAAGAAUGAAUAAAAUUAAUAUCAGUUAUGAU